UUCGAAUCACGAUAUUCCUGAUCGCGUGGACCAACCGCACGCGCAACUCACGGUGUGUUAGCUUUGGUAAUGCGGUGAUGGUUUGAGCAGCUUCCAGAAAAAAUAAAACAAUGACAGAUUACGGCGAAGAGCAAAGGAACGAACUUGAAGCCAUCGAAUCCAUUUACCCGGACUCUUUUACAGUUCUCUCAGAAGAUCCCUGCAGUUUCACCAUCACUGUGGCUUCAGAUGCAGGAGAACAUACUGAAAGUGAGUCAAAAGCUGUGGAAGCAACAUUAAAGUUCACCUAUGUAGACAAAUACCCUGAUGUGCCUCCACUGUGGGAGAUCCAUUCCCAGGAGAAUCUGGAGGACAGAGACAUGGAGGACAUCCUCACGUUACUGCAGCAGCAGGCUGAGGAGAACCUGGGGAUGGUGAUGAUCUUCACCCUGGUAACGGCUGUCCAGGAGAAACUCAAUGAAAUGGUGGAUGAGAAGAAGAACAGGCAGGAGGAAGAAAAGCGUCGCAAAGAGAUGGAGGCUGAGGAGGCAGAGAAGGUGGCCUUCCAGGGAACGGUUGUCACCAUUGAAAACUUUCUGGCCUGGAAAGCCAAGUUUGAGCUGGAUAUGGCCGAGGCGAGGAGGAAAAAACAGAAGGAGGAGGAGCAAGGAGCAAAGUCCAAACUCACAGGUAAACAGCUGUUUGAGAGAGACCACAACCUGGACACAUCUGACAUUCAGUUCCUGGAGGACGCUGGAAACAACGUUGAGGUGGACGAGUCGCUGUUCCAGGACAUUGAGGACUUGGACCUGGAUGAGGAUGACCCAGACUUUGAUCCUUUGGAGAUGGGCAGUGAUGAGGACUAAAGCAGCAAGACAACAUGUGACUGUUUAAAAACUUCUAGGCGUUGAAACUGGAUGCAUCUGAAAGACUGAAACUGAAACACUGCACACAGCCACGAGUGUUCCUUCAAUGCCUGAAAAAUUAAAAUUUUCUAGAAAAA